GUCAAAAAAUUCAACACACCAGCAGUGUGUGAGGAGACCUGAAAGUGGCACAUGGCAGAGUGUGGCGAUGGAGACAGCAGCAAUGGGAGGCCGUACAGGGACCCAUGACAGACUCUGGACUUGGCAGCAGCAUGAGGAGGCGGUAUAUAGGGGCCUAUGGCAGAUUAGGGGCCUGGCAGCAGCUAUGGGAGGCCCGUAAUCUGCCAGCACCCUAUGUCAAAAAAAAAACCAGCAGUGUGUGAGGAGACCUGAAAGUGGCACAUGGCAGAGUGUGGCGAUGGAGACAGCAGCAAUGGGAGGCCGUACAGGGACCCAUGACAGACUCUGGACUUGGCAGCAGCAUGA